AUGGACAUGUUCAACAUGUUUUACUUGGCUGGAUACUCCCCAGAGUACGCAUUGAUGAUGGACCAAGAACUCGACCACGUCGAGAAAGCCUUCAAGGACGCUGAGGGGCUUGAAGUCCCAUAUGACCUCAUAGACAAGGAUGUGGCUAGCUUCUUGACCUUCGGCGGCAGCGCUACGCCGGUCGACCAGCCCAUGGUAGUCGACGCGCCCACCGACCUCGCUCAAGGUCCACUCGGUGUAGUACCCAUAGCCUGCCAUCCGGCGGCGCCCAACUGGCCGCAUCCCGUCAACACCCUCAUUACCGUGGGGAACUAUGGCACGGAAGACCUCGUGCGGCUCUGUACAAUGAUAGCAUGCCCACUAUGUGGCGAGGCGCACCCCGCCGACAAGCUCGCGGACCACUACACGCGCCACUUCGCGCUCUGCAUCGUCAACCGCAGCUCGGACGUCUGCUGUGGAUGGGAUGGCUGCCAGACACAGCUGAAGUACCGAAGCCUCAAGAACCACGUCGACUCGCAGCACCUCCGGCUCACAAACGUCCACUGCCCGUACUGCCACCAAGACUCGCGGUGGGACAACGGGAAGUGCACGCACACCGCUCGGGACUGCUCGUUCCGGCGCGCGGCUCUUGGCUUGGAGGAGUCGAACGUGAAGAUCCCGAAGAAGGACAAGGAGUGCAAGUGGUGCCGGCGAUUUGUGGCUCCGAAACGGCUGCCGCAGUUUACAUUCAAUGAUUCGUACCGUGCGAUCAUCACUGGGCCGGCUCAACCGCCACCUGUGGAAUUUUAUGAGGAGGACUAG